UCAAACAAAAACUCUGAUUCAAGAAUGUGGUACUCAAGCAUAGCGAAUGGAAAGAAAUCAUUUUCGCGGAAGGGAUCGCUCAAUGAUAAUAAGGCGAAACGUAGUGACGACGACGAUGACUUGGCUAUGGAGAAACGAAGUUCAUGCCAGGAGAAUUUACAUCAGUACUUACUGAAUUCAACGCUGCAUGGUUUGCGGUACGUUGGUGAGCGGCAAAUUUCACCAUUCGAAAGAGCAUUUUUCAUGUUAUCCUUCAUAUUUGUCGUGUUACUCUCCGCGUACUUCAUCACUAACGUCUACGAGAAAUGGAACGCAUCGCCGGUGAUAAUUGCACAAAAUGCGUAUGCUACGUCGAUCAGUGAGUUUCCAUUUCCGGCGGUUACCAUUUGCAAUUUGAAUCAAGUGAAGAAAAGUAAAAUCGAAUAUGUGCAGAAGGGUACGAUUGAGAGUAUGUUGGUGCGAAGCAUAUGCCAAUUGAGCGACGAUGGAGAGGAAGCGGCAGAUUAUCAAGGGAAAUGGUCAACAUUUCGUGGUUUUCUCAUAAACGUGUCGCAACCGUGUUCAGAAAUGUUAAUGGAGUGUAAAUUUGCGACGGAAACGCAAGUAUGCAUGGAACUAUUCAACACAGUUCUGACGGAUGAUGGACUAUGCUGCACUUUUAACAGCGUACAUCCGAUGUUUUUAUUGCAGCAUUAUAACGCAACAGAUGAAUUUGAUUCGGUAAGUAAUACCGGAAAUUUCACGGCUGUCGAAUGGACUCCAGAGGACUCGUGGAAGAACGGCAGUCGCGCUACAACUUAUCCUAGAGCUGCAGCCGGACCGGGAAGUCACAUGGGAUUGAGUGUCAUUUUAGAAGCGGGACUUGAGGACUACUACUGUUCGUCUGGCAAUAGUGCCGGUUUUAAGAUUCUACUGCACAAUCCAACAGAAACGCCGAAAAUUUCUGAUUUUGGUUUCUCGAUCGCACUGGGACAAGAAACGAGAGUUGUGAUCACACCAAGACUGUCUGAUGCCAGUCCUCUGAUCCGGUCGGUUCACACCGAACAGAGGCAAUGCAUUUUCGCGAAUGAGGCAAACUUAACGUAUUACAGGACAUAUUCGCGCAAGAACUGCGAAAUGGAAUGUGAAGCGAGAAUAGUCGAAGAGAAGUGUGGAUGCGUACAGUUCUAUAUGCCGCGGAUGAAGGAAGACACAGACAUCUGCAGCCAGAAAGACUACAAAUGUUCGGAAAAGUUUUCCAUUAUAUCGGAGCUGGGCAUCAAUCAAACGUAUUCGUGCAAUUGUCUGCCGGGUUGCUUCGAAAUCAGCUACAAGCCAUCGGUUUAUAUUUCUGAACUGGGUAAUGGAAGUUACUUGACGGCCGACAAAGCACUAAUGUCAAAACAUGUACAACGAAAGAGCGUGGCCGUUGUUCAUAUUUAUUACGAGGAGAGUUACUUCCGAAGUUUUACCAAAGAAGAGCUAAUCGGAUUUACCGAAUUUCUCUCCAACACCGGCGGACUUCUCGGCCUAUUUAUGGGAUUCAGUGUGGUUUCCAUCAUUGAAAUAAUUUAUUUCGUUUCGCUUCGACCGUACUGUGCAAGUAGACGCAACCGCAACAAAAAUGAUCGGAACAUUAAAAUCGUACAGCCAUCCAGAAAAGUUUGGUUCGUCGACGAAGACCGUGGAAAAUUGGAUCAAUUGAAGCCGACGAAAAAUGCUUGGGAUGCAACACUUGAUUCCGGUGGGACUACUGAUCGUCGAUACCCAUCAAAAUCGGAUUCGGUUGGGUAUUAUCCGUACAGAGACUAG